AUGGAAUUGGAUCUUUCUCCACCUCAACUCAGUAGUUCCCUGGAAGAAGACCUGUGCCCAGUGCCGGGCACCCCUCCUGGGACUCCCCCACUGCCCGAUGCCCCUCCACUGGGAGAGGUGAAGAGGUCCCAGCCGCUGCCCAUCCCACCCAGCAGGAGACUUCGAGAGGAGGGACUUCAGGCAACCUCACUGCCCUCCAUCCCCAACCCCUUCCCGGAGCUCUGCAGUCCCCCCUCGCAAACCCCCAUCCUGGGGGGGUCGGGUGGUGCAAGGGGGCUGCUCCCUCGAGACACCGGACGCUGCCAUGUAGUGAAGGUGUACAGUGAGGAUGGGGCGUGCCGGUCGGUGGAAGUGGCAGCAGGUGCCACUGCCCGUCAUGUAUGUGAGAUGCUGGUACAUCGAGUGAAUGCGCUGAAUGACGAGAACUGGGGGUUGGUGGAGUGUCACCCCCACCUUGCACUGGAGCGGGGUUUGGAAGACCACGAGUCUGUGGUGGAGGUCCAGGCCUCAUGGCCUGUGGGCGGAGACAGCCGAUUCGUCUUCCGGAAGCACUUUGCCAAAUAUGAACUCUUCAAGAGCUCUGCGCACUCGCUGUUCCCGGAAAAGAUGGUCUCCAGCUGUCUUGAUGCUCAAACAGGCCUUUCCCAUGAGGACCUCAUCCAGAACUUCCUGAAUGCCGGCAGCUUCCCUGAGAUCCAGGGCUUCCUGCAGCUGCGGGGAUCGGGCCGCAAACUUUGGAAACGCUUCUUCUGCUUUUUGCGCCGGUCUGGCCUCUACUACUCCACCAAGGGCACUUCCAAGGAUCCCAGGCACUUGCAGUAUGUGGCCGAUGUGAACGAGUCCAAUGUGUACGUGGUCACCCAGGGCCGCAAGCUCUAUGGGAUGCCUACAGACUUCGGAUUCUGUGUCAAGCCCAACAAGCUUCGCAAUGGCCACAAGGGGCUCCGCGUCUUCUGCAGUGAGGAUGAACAGAGCCGUACCUGCUGGCUGGCCGCCUUCCGCCUCUUCAAGUAUGGAGUGCAGCUAUACAAGAAUUACCAGCAGGCACAGGCUCGCCAUCUGCGCCCAUCCUAUCUCGGUUCCCCACCAUUGAGGAGUGUCUCCGAUAACACCCUGGUGGCCAUGGACUUCUCUGGCCAUGCUGGACGGGUGAUUGAGAACCCACGGGAAGCCCUGAGCGUGGCCCUGGAGGAGGCGCAGGCCUGGCGGAAAAAGACCAACCACCGGCUAAGCCUGCCCACCCCAUCCUCGGGCACGAGCCUUAGUACAGCUAUUCACCGCACUCAGUCGUGGUUCCAUGGCCGCAUUUCCCGUGAGGAGAGCCAGCAGCUCAUCAGGCAGCAGGGCCUGGUGGACGGUCUCUUCCUGGUCCGUGAGAGCCAGCGCAACCCCCAGGGCUUCGUUCUCUCUCUGUGCCACCUGCAAAAGGUCAAGCACUACCUCAUCCUGCCGAGCGAGGAGCAGGGUCGCCUGUACUUCAGCAUGGAUGAUGGCCACACGCGCUUUACCGACCUGCUGCAGCUUGUGGAGUUCCACCAGCUGAACCGCGGCAUCCUGCCCUGCCUGCUACGCCACUGCUGCACCCGAGUGGCCCUCUGACCCUCGCCCUGUGGGCUCGGGCACCAUGGAAGGCGGCUCUGGGCCAUGAAUACUGGGAAGGUCCCCCACGCGUGCUCUCCUCUGCUCUUACGUGUCCCCAGGAGGGUGCCCCAUCCCCACUACCCACCCGCACCCCAGACAGGCUGCCCUCCACCCCCUUCUCCAGGGGAGGCCCUUGGUGGCCCUCUCUAUCGAGGCCCUGGGGCGCUGCUCUAGGCAGGGCCUCACAGGAGGGACAGGGGCAGGCGGUCCUGUGGCCCACAUUGUGUACAGACUGAGAGGCCAGUUCAUCUGCUCUGUUUUAUACUCGUGACAAUAAAUAAUA